AUGAUGGAGCAAUAUCAAGUCUAUGGUGGAGGUGCUGCUGCUGGAGCGCAGUGCAACUUGCCACCGCCGCCCCCUCCACCGCCGCCGCAGCCGGGUAUGGUGCAAGCCAAUGCACAAGGAGUGUAUGAGAAUGUGGAGGUCCAGCAGUUUUUGCAAAACUAUCCAGAGACUGAAGUGGACGCGCCACCGGAUUCAAGGCCACGCAUCUCUGAGCCUGCGAAAUUCCUGGUGCCUGACACCACCUUGAACAUGAUGCCUUCAAUGGCGGGAGAUCUUUUGAUGUCACUCAGUGAGGGCGGACUCCAGUACCUCUUGGCGGGGGCAAGAGCCAACGUGGGUGUGAAAAGUGGCCGCUACAUGUUCGAGGUCCGGGUUUGCGAGUGCCCCAGACAAGAAGAUUCUGUGCAACCACAGGACCCUUGGUUGAAUUGGAUCGCUUUGGCAACUUGUGUGGCAAAUUGUGCAAAUGUGCGCUGA